AGAGAGCUGUGGCUGACAACGUUCAGAUCCAGGCAUUUCCUAGACUCCUUCCACACCUGUAUUGUGAGAGCCAGGCGCCAUGGGGAGGCAGAAGGAAAUGCUGACAGCCAUCGGACGGAGGCUGCACAUCAGGAAUAAGCUUCUCCGGCAGGCCCUGGCGGAAUGCCUGGGCACCCUCAUCUUGGUGAUGUUCGGCUGUGGUUCAGUGGGUCAGCUGGUGCUCAGCAGUGGGACUCACGCCCGCUUCCUGACGGUCAACCUGGCGUUUGGGUUCGCUGUGACGCUUGGAAUUCUGAUUGCUGGACAAAUCUCAGGUGGUCACUUGAAUCCUGCAGUCACCUUUGCGAUGUGCUUCAUGGCCCGGGAACCUUGGAUCAAGCUUCCGAUUUACGCCCUCGCCCAGACCAUCGGUGCUUUUCUCGGAGCGGGCAUCGUUUUUGGCUUGUACUUUGAUGCCAUCUGGGCCUUCGGUGGAAACCAACUCUUUGUAGUGGGUUCCAAUGGGACGGCUGGCAUCUUUGCCACCUAUCCAUCAGAACACUUGAAUUCCGUCAAUGGAUUUUUUGACCAGUUCAUUGGCACUGCAGCACUGAUAGUGUGUGUGCUGGCCAUUGUGGAUCCUCACAACAACCCUGUGCCGAGAGGCUUGGAGGCCUUCACAGUUGGCUUCGUCAUCUUGGUUAUUGGGACGUCCAUGGGCUUCAAUUCUGGUUACGCCGUCAACCCAGCUCGAGAUUUUGGGCCCCGCCUCUUCACCGCCAUUGCUGGCUGGGGCACCGAAGUUUUCACCACUUCUGGACACUGGUGGUGGAUUCCUAUCGUUGCCCCCUUCCUUGGUGCCAUCGCGGGCGUUAUGGUCUACCAGCUGAUGAUAGGUUGCCACAAUGAACCACCUCCCGAAGCCAACGACGAGGAGAGCGUCAAGCUGUCCAAUGUGAAGCAGAGGGACAAUGUCUGAAGCUGCUGAGCAACGCACUUGGUCCCUGGA